AUGGAGCGAUUAAUACUGCUUCUGGUGGCAUAUUUCAUUUAUUUGCGGGUGGCUCUUGUUUUCUCACGUCCCAGUGCAAAAACACGCACGCUGGGCGACGACGACUGGACGCACCAUAAUUUCGAUCAAAUGACCGCUUAUCUUCAAGAUCUUCAUCGACAGUACCCAAAAAUCACGCGUCUCUACAGCAUUGGAAAAUCGGUGCAAGGCCGAAAACUUUGGGUCGUGGAAAUCUCUGACAAUCCGGGCAAACAUGAGCCCGGUGAACCAGAGUUCAAAUACGUUGCUAACAUGCACGGUAACGAAGUUGUGGGACGCGAACUUCUUUUGCAUUUGGCGAAAGCAUUCUGUGAAAAUUAUGGCCGUGAUGCGAAUCUCACCAAAAUGGUUGACACCACUCGUAUUCACUUGAUGCCAAGUAUGAACCCGGACGGCUACGAGCUUGCAGCAGAAGGUGAGAACAGGAAGGAUUGGAUUAUCGGACGAAGCAAUGCGAACAAUGUUGAUCUGAACCGUAACUUUCCUGACCAGUUUUUUAAAAGCGUGACGGGACCACCUCAAAUCGAGACCAUAGCUGUGAUGAAAUGGAUCUCUGAGUAUCCCUUUGUGUUGAGUGCCAACCUCCAUGGCGGCUCCUUAGUGGCAAAUUACCCAUUUGAUGACAGUCCAACUGGGCAGAGCGAGUACAGUAAGUCUCCAGAUGACGACGUCUUUAAAGAGCUUGCCAAAUCCUAUUCUGAGGUGCAUCCAACUAUGCACCUUAAGAAUCCACCCUGGCCUUGCCCUGAAGUCCCCCCGGAUCACUUCAAUGAUGGUGUCACAAAUGGAGCAGCUUGGUACAGCGUGUCAGGGGGGAUGCAGGAUUAUAACUACAUGCACUCAAACUGCUUCGAGAUAACCAUAGAACAAGGCUGUAAGAAGUUCCCAGAGGCAAGCCAAUUACCUAAGGACUGGGAGGAAAACAAACGAGCACUAACAGCUUUUAUUGAUCAGGUAUGUGGCGGUUGUGAGUGAAAAAUAAGGAAUGUCAAAGCAACAGCUGCUUUGGUGAAGACUGUUCGGACCAACUGCUUUCAUUUUAAACUUUUUUGUUUGUUUGUUUGGUAUGGUCGGUCAAUUGGCAUUCAUAAAGACUCGCAGAUUUUAUCAAAUUACUUUUCUCAGGAUCAAAUUAAAUAAAAAAUUAAAGAAAAAGAGUUUUAGAAAAACGUGAAAAAGAAUUGAAUAAUUGAACUCAAUAAUUUCUAACUGAGUUUAAAAUAAAUCCACUUCAAGUUACUUUUUUAACAUUAAGAUACCAGAAAAUGUGCCUUCAAAGCUUUUUACUGUUGGGAUACUAUUUUAUUUGAACAGCUUCAUAAAAAUAUCUUUUUCUGUAAUUAAUAAAAAUUAUGUAGCCAGAAACAUUCUUGCAAGUGUCAGUGACAGCCGAUUUCGCAGAUUUCGUGGAAAAUAAAAUUUAUUGCCUUUGUUGUACGUAGGUACACAAAGGGGUGAAAGGGUUUGUAAAGGACGGCCAAGGAAAUCCAAUUCCUGGUGUACAUAUCCGCAUUGACAAUCGUAAAAAAGACAUCAUAACUGCAAAAGAUGGGGAUUAUUGGCGACUUCUUCUCCCUGGGGGCUACAAAGUCACCGCCAUGGCCGUGGGAUACGAGCCCUUAUCAAAGGAUGUUACAGUAACCGAGGGAGAUGCCAAAGAGCUGAACUUCGUUCUGAAGAAGUCAGCCCGGGGAAACAGCUCCCUGGACUCCGAACAGGUAGACAGUAAUGAUGAACCAAAUCCUGUGGAAGAUUCAAAACCGGAACCCGGAUCCCCGACUAAUGUUGGCUCCAUGGAACCGAGCGGGGCUCCCGUGGGAGGCAUGACAAUGGGGGAUGGGAUGUCGGACGGUGGGGACUACGGGAUGGUUAUGACUGGAGGUGGUAUGGGAGCUCCGUUACAGUUGAACGAUCAAUUCGGGGUGUCUAAUGCGGUGGAAUCUCCCAGUGAAAACGCUGGUGGGGGGAUAAGUAUGGGAAAUAAUUUCGACACGGGGGGUCCAAUAGGGGAUGCGGAGCUUGAUCGUUUUGCGAUGAUGUCCCCCUAUGAGGCUCAGUCUAAGGAUAAUACCAAGGGGCUUUUUCGUGUCUCAACCGACGAGCAUGAACCCCACGCCUUAUAUGCUAACGACGGCGAAGGGAAUGGGAACGAUAAUCAAGCCGAGACCACUAUCAUCAAAAAAAGCGAGCUCGGUAGACCCCGAAAGAAAUGAGUAUAUCGUUAGUUUCUGAUCAGCAAUCGAAGCUCCGUUUUUUUCCCUUCAAAUUAGGGUGCUCAAAAAAAAAACUAAGGAAUGUGCUUCAGUGAAUGAAUAAUAUAGAUUGAUGUGUGGUUUUAAGUGUUCUCUGUCGAUUUAACGCAUAUCGCAUCUCGAAUAAACCCCGGAUCACUAAGCUCCCUUCACACGGCAAAAUUUUGAUUAAAAGCUGGAGGAAUCCUGUUUUCCCAGGGUAAAGUAACCACUCAGC